AGGAGGGGCACAGGUAAUAUAGGCUAUAAAAGAAGAAGAGAAGGGAAAGAGAAGAAAGGUGUGGAAACUAACAGGGGUCUGAUACCAGACAGAUACAGAGCAAUGAAGGUUUUGGUUUUCUCCCUCGCUGUGCUCCUGAUUUUAACAUGCGGCGUAACAGAACGAACUAGCCAACAUGGAACCAGCGGACCCCACCCCCUGGGAUAUGGCGCACGACACUUCAAUUCACUUGGCCCGCAUGUGGAGGCUGGAGCAGAUCACAGCGAUCCAGGCCAAGCUCCUUGGACCCGGCUAUAUCCAACUUCCUUUUCCAUCACUUCUCCACCCUCCCACUCCACUCCUGACCCGGCGCCCAGAACCACACCAGUUCCAGCUUCCGUUUCGACCCCAGUACCUGAAUCUGGAUCCCGAGCCCCGUCUGCCCGAGGACUGCCCGUCUCCGGGUUCCGAGCCCCGUCGGCCCGAGGACUGCCCGUCUCCAGGUUCCGAGCUGCUUCUGCCCGGAGAAGCCCCGUCUCCGGGUUCCGAGCCCCGUCUGCCCGAGGACUGCCCGUAUCCAGGUUCCGAGCCGCUUCUGCCCGGAGAAGCCCCGUCUCCGGGUUCCGAGCCCCGUCUGCCCGAGGACUGCCCGUAUCCAGGUUCCGAGCCCCGUCUGCCCGAGGACUGCGCCCGAGACCCUUUGUUCGCCCCAAGUACCCUCUGAGACCCUAUGUUCCCCCCAAGUACCCUCUGAGACCCUAUGUUACCCCCAAGUACCCUCUGAGACCCCUUGUUCCCCACAAGAAGCCUCUGAGACCCUAUGUUCCCCCCAAGUACCCUCUGAGAUCCCUUGUUCCCCGCAAGAAGCCUCUGAGACCCUAUGUUCCCUCCAAGUACCCUCUGAGACCCUAUGUUACCCCCAAGUACCCUCUGAGACCCCUUGUUCCCCGCAAGAAGCCGCUGAGAUCACUUGUUUCCCGCAAGAACCUUCGGAGGUUCCGAGACCUCUUCCUUCGAUCCAAGACCACCCCAAGCUCCCCUCCUUCCCUGAGAGUAACCCCCCCGAGCUCCCUUCCUUCCCUCCGACACCCCCCCGAGCUCCCUUCCUUCCCUCCGACACCCCCCCAGAGCUCCCUUCCUUCCCUCCGAGACCCCCCCGAGCUCCCUUCCUUCCCUCCGACACCCCCCCGAGCUCCCGUCCUUCCCUCCGACACCCCCCCAGAGCUCCCUUCCUUCCCUCCGACACCCCCCCAGAGCUCCCUUCCUUCCCUCCGAGACCCCCCCGAGCUCCCUUC